GUAAACGCAGCUUGAUUGGAGAAACUGGAGAGUGGAAAAAUACUUAUAUUGCUUUGAGCUGACACUUGAUUCCAAUAAGUGAUUUGUUGAAGACAAUAUUUGCCAUAGCAACUGAUUGCUGUUAGUAUACGCAGGUGACUGAGAUAUUAGCCAGCCUUUACAAUGCUCAUAUCUUGGAUUGAAUUAUCAGAUCUGAAGACAAACUGGAAAUACUUGUGUCAUUUUCAUUUUCAAAACAAAGCAUGAUUUGAAAGAUGCAAUUUUUGCAGCAAGGAGAUUGUUACACCUUACACUGGAAUGUACUCAAUGUCUUCAUGUUGCGCGUACGUUCUAAGCUGAUUUUCAGAUCAAGAUAAAAUAUAAACCAUGUAAAGGAAGUGAGUGAGAAAAAAAGUCAUGAGCUGUGUCAGUGAAUAAGAAAUGUGUCAUGAAGUGUGAAUACAGCUAGUACACGCAAGAUGUUUAUAGUUUCAUAAAGUUAAUUUUAUAUAAGUUGUUUAUGUAAUUUGCGUUUCAAUGGAAUCUAAGGACAUUGAAUUGGAAGUAUCACCAGAAGAUCAACAUGGGUCUUUGCAGGAUCCACCCCUAGAGAAAGCUCGCCAGGAGGGGGAGGAGGAAGGAGAGGAUGAAUUUGAUUUCGGUCCAGCAGUUUAUGAUGAAAAUUUAUAUGGUAAACCACUGACAUAUGACAAGAACUUCAAAGGCCCUAUCAAGGACAGGUCCUGUACAGACAUAAUAUGCUGCCUGUUGUUCCUGAUUUUUAUCGUCGGACUUGUUGUUGUGGCCUUCUUUGCAUUUAAGUAUGGGGAUCCUCGUCUGUUGGUCUACCCAGUAAACUCCAACAAUGAAAUCUGUGGAUAUGGCAAACAACUGGGAAAGCCAUACCUACUGUUCUUUGACCUGGUGGCCUGCGGUCGCAUGGGUAUGGGAGUCUUUGUCACAGGGUGCCCCACCCCACAGAUAUGUGUUGCCGCCUGUCCAACUGAAAACAAAGUGAUAGUAUCAUUAACCGACACUGUAAACGAUCUUAAGUACUGCAAAGAUGAUUUUGAUGCAGCCUCAAGUUCAAAGUCAGUGGAAAAUAUUCUGAAAGAUGAGGAUUGUGCUGCCUACUGGUUUAAGAGUCAACCAUUGAUUAAUCGCUGUGUCCCUUCAUUUCUGAUUGAUGUCUUGGAGAAAGGUAAAAAUUUAGCAACAGAAAUUAGCAACUCAAAUGCCAAUGCCACAGAUGCUAAUGGAAACCCUUAUAACAGUGCAGUGAUGGAAGGCGGCCUUAGUGUGUAUGGAACCUUCCUGAAAGCCAAAGAAUAUGGGGAGAAAAUCAUUGAGGAUGUUGUCACAGCCUGGUGGAUGAUUCUGAUAGGCCUGAUCCUGGCGAUGAUCUUUGCCCUGAUUUGGAUCAUCAUCAUGCGAUGGAUCGCUGGAUUCAUGGUCUGGUUCACCAUCCUCGCCUUCAUCAGCCUGUUUGGAUUCUCGACCGGCUGGACUUUGUACCAGUACUACCAACUAAAGGACACUGACCAAAGCUUUCAUAUACAGUUUUCCGUCAUCCAGAUGACCAUGUCCAAACCCAAGCUAUUCCUGGCUUUUGGCAUCAUAUCAGGAAUAAUCCUACUUAUUGCAGUCCUAAUCCUACUGUUUCUGUGCUCAAGGAUCAGAAUUGCUGUCUCACUCAUCAAAGAAGGAAGCAGAGCUGUGGGGACGAUGAUGUUUACCCUUAUUUGUCCCAUAUUCCCGUUCUUCCUACAGAUAGUGGUGAUUGGGUUCUGGUUGACUGUAGCUGUAUUUCUGGCAUCCACUGGAAGAAACCAAAGUUUUGAAUUCAACAACAGCUCUAAUUAUAAAUAUCCCAAUGGUACCUACGACUAUGAUAAGAUAAAGGGCGCCACAUCUCAGUUUUUUGGACAAGCUUGUGACAAUACUUCAUUAUCGGCCUCCGAGUUUUGUUCCUUUUUAAAGAACCAGGAAGAAAAUUUUGUCCUCUACUCCCAAAUCUUCAACCUCUUCAUGAUGUUCUGGUUGGUGAACUUUGUGGUUGCUCUGGGACAGAUGACUUUGGCUGGAGCCUUCGCUUCUUACUACUGGGCAUUCGAGAAGCCGAAAGACAUCCCAGCAUUCCCAAUUCUGAGUUCGCUCUGGCGAUGUUUUAGGUAUCACUUGGGGUCCCUGGCUUUUGGGGCUUUAAUCAUAGCCAUAGUACAGAUGAUCCGCCUUCUUCUUGAGUAUGUGGAUGCAAAACUAAAGGGAAAGGAAAACCCCGUCGCAAAAUUUUUUGUCAAGUGUCUCAAAUGCUGCUUCUGGUGCCUUGAAAAAUUCCUGAAAUUCCUGAACAAAAAUGCAUACAUUCUUAUUGCAGCACAUGGUAAAAACUUUUGUACUUCAGCAAAGAAUGCUUUUAUGCUCAUCAUGAGGAACAUUGUCAGAGUGGUGGUGAUAGACAAAGUGACAGACUUCCUGCUGUUAAUCAGUAAACUGGUGGUGGUGGCAUUCGCAGCUGCCUCCUCCUACUUCUUUUUUGAUGGCAGGAUAGAAUUCUUGGCUUCCUUCACUCCGUCCCUCAACUUCUACGUAGUCCCCAUUGUGCUGGUCACACUGGGCUCCUAUGUCAUAGCUAGCUGUUUCUUCAGUGUAUAUGAGAUGGCUGUGGAUACACUGUUCCUCUGCUUCUUGGAAGAUUUGGAGAGAAAUGAUGGUUCUGCUGAGAAACCUUACUUCAUGAGCAAAGACCUACGCAAAAUCCUGGGGAAGAAAAAUGUCAUUUCACCCAGUGAUAAGAAAGAAUUCUAAUGAAGUCUGUGAUAAUUAGGCUUGUCCUCAUCAAGAAAUUCUAAUGACUUUAUUUUUUUUGUGAUAUGCAAUUUCUUAUUGUUAUUUGUUAAAAUUAAUAGUUGAGUUUCUGUGCUUAUAAAUAUAUAACUUUUUGUUAAAAAAGAAAAGUUAACACGCAUUUCCAACCGAUCAUUUGUAUAUACACUGAUGAUUUCUCAUGCAAUUGUAAUAGAUUCUAGGUUGCAUGUCCCUCAGGUAUCAAUAUAUGCAUAUCAAAGAGAAAAUCAUUAUCACUAAGGCAUUAGCGCUUCACCAUCGAUUUGCAUUUGCUCUGUGAUUUUGAAAAAUCAGCCACACUUUUGAUAUUUUAAUAUGAAUCAACAAAUUAUGACAAAGUGUCAAAUUUACCGAGGGGUUGACAUUUACAAAUGUAGAUAUCAGCUAAAGCUUUAAACUUACUGAUUUAGUACUGUAGUACGUAACAUCAGAUCUUUGUCAGAAUGGUGAACAACAGCAUCAUUAAGAUCAGUCAGUGGGUGUUUGUGAUGAAUAAGACAGCUUGGUUAUUUUUGCUUAAUAUUUAAUGUUGUCAAUGCAAUAUGUUAUGAAUUCCUUUGUUUUACUAUUAUAUUUGGUAUAUAUAUUUGUACACACAUGUACUAAAGAGACCAUAUUAGUAUUACAUCUAUGUAUUAAUUGCCAAAUGGGUUUAGAUUUGCUAACUUUAUGAUAGAUGGGAAUAGACUUGGCUAAUAGAUUUUAAUUUAGACUCCCUAUAUGUUAUUAUUUUUUUUCCUUUUUCCAUUCCUUUAAAAAGAUCACCUAGUUCCCAAUGCAAGAGAUCUUGCCAAUAACUGUAAUUUAAGGGGGCUUGAUGGCUGUGGCUACUUUAGACUGUACUGAUCUUCUUAAGAAGAAGAACUCUAUAUAAAAAUAUUGGAAAAUACCCAAUUUUCAUAGGUAAAAUUUAUUAAAUUUUUCUUUACUAAACAAUAAUUUAUCUAUCAAUCAUAUCUUGAAAUUUUUGGUAGAUCUGAUGGUAAGUCUGUUGACCAUCCAGCCUCCUUUAAGUAUUACAAGAAUGCACACUGAAAUGCAAGAAAAACAAACUAUAUUAUACUCCAAAGUUAACUUGAAAUACCUUGAAACUUGCCAUUAGUAUUGAAGUCUAGCUUCCAUGUCAUUUUAUGAAGACUAAUGAGUAUAAAUUCCUCAUUCCCUAUUUUAUUUUUGUAAUUUGAAACUUUUUUGUACUGUAGAAGUUAUUUUUACUGUUGUUUUAAUUAAUUGGUAAUGUUUCUGUUGCUAUGUCACAAUCAGAGAUCGGUUUGAAAUAAAAUAAUAAUUGCUGAU